CGCUCGAUCGACGCCGAAUUCAGGUCGAAAUUCACGACACCACUGAUACCCAACAAGACAACAUAAACUAUAAGCGCAAUGUCACAAACCUUAGAAGAACAGCUACUGGUCAAUGGCACCAAUCAUCAGCUAGCCAAGCGCAUUCAAAUACCCCUGAAUAUGCCAAAACAUCCAACUCGAUCACUGCAGUUUCUGGACGAAUUGAACAGUCAACCGACUAAAGUGACGGUCCCACUGGAAGCUAAAGUAAAACUUAAGAUAAUCGUCGUAGGCGCAGGCUUAGGGGGGUUGGCAUGCACAAUUGCAUUGGCUCGACGAGGACACGAAGUUGUAGUCUAUGAACAAACGGCGGUACUUGGAGAAGUUGGAGCAGGAAUACAAAUACCAUCUAACUCCGCCCGCCUGCUACAUUCCUGGGGCGUGGGAACUUUCCUCGAACCUCACGUUGUAGAACCGAAUGGGAUGACAUUUAGACGAUGGGAGGAUGGAAGCACAAUAGGGUAUACGAAAUUGGUACCUGACUUCCGAAAGAACUUUAAAGCCCCAUACUAUGUUGUGCAUCGCGCACACUUCCAUGAUGCACUCUAUCAGAGAGCAUUAGAGCUUGGCGUUGAAGUAAGACUAGCAAGUCGAGUUGAAAAUUAUGAUUUGAGCAAGCCGAGUCUCACACUUCGGUCUGGAGAGGUAAUCUUUGCAGAUCUAAUCGUUGCUGCUGAUGGAGUCAAAUCGGCAGCAAGAAAAUUAGUCCUUGAAGGGGAGGAUAAACCACCACAGCCGACAGGCUUUGCCGCCUACAGAGCGACUGUUGACGUUGAAAAGAUGAGGUCGGAUCCGGCUAUCUCGUGGCUACUUGAAAAGCCAUCUUUGAACAUAUGGAUUGGAGAGGAUCGCCAUGUCAUGACGUAUACUAUUGCUGCAGGAAAAUCAUUCAACAUGGUCCUUUCACAUGUAGACCUCACGGAUCCCUCAACUUGGAAGCCAGAAACCGCGAUUUGUGACAUGAGAAAAGAGUUCUCGGGAUGGGACCCAAGGCUGGUCAAGAUUAUCAACCUAGUUGAAAGCACUCUCAAGUGGCCGCUGAUGAUGGGCACUGAACUGAAGACCUGGAUCGCACCGAGCAAGAAAGUUCUGAUUAUGGGCGAUGCUGCGCACCCAAUGGUACCAUACAUGUCGCAGGGCGCAGCGAUGGCUGUUGAAGACGGCGGGGCUCUUGCUACUGUCUUGUCACUUAUCAGCGAUCCUGAAGAAAUUCCCCGUGCUCUUGAAGUCUUCGAGGCAGAGCGUAUGAAGCGUUCUGUCCAGAUGCAACAAGCCAGCUUAUUGAACGGAACGUUGUGGCACUUUCCAGAUGGACCUGAGCAACGGCUUAGGGAUGAAUCUAUGAAACCAGAGGUCGAAGGCAGAAGUUUCAGCUGGAGCGCGAACCAGUGGAGUGACCCUGUAACGCAGUGGUGGGCAUAUGGCUACGAUGCGGAAGAAGCGGUAGAGGCAGCCUGGAAUGAUAGAAAUGCCAGUAAGGAUCCAUAG